CGCCGAUGAUUGACUUAAGUUUUUCUACUUGCCAUAUCAAGUUAUUGUUCAGAGGAGGCUAUUUCUUAUUGCUGAUCUUUUUUCGCUAAAUUUUCUCAUCUGAUAGCAGAAUGAUAAUUAUAGUGAAAAUAAGAAGGUUACAAGGGAGCGAUGAAGAUAUACAGAUUGAUGAUGAGUGCACAAUAUUGGAAUUAAAACAGUUUCUUCAUUACCGAUUGGGUAUUGAACCUGCACAACAACGGCUGAUUUUUUGUGGACAUGUUCUGGAUGAUACGCGGACGAUUUCUGAUUGCAAUAUUAGCGAUAACCAGGUGGUACAUAUGGUUACUAGACCACCACCAUUGCCCGCAAGUAGUGAACCGGAACCAGAUCUGUCUGAAAGUGACAAUGCUCCUGGUCAAUCAUCAGAAGGUCCAUCAAGUUUGGUAUUUGUCACACAUGAAGAUCAAGGGUCUAUGUCACCUACUGCAAUACGCUUGAGGAUCCUACACACAAUUGUCUGUGAAUUAAGAACAAGAUUACUGGAACUAGACUCGGGUUCAGAUGUUGAGUGUACUCCACUGACUGUGGAGGAAAACCCUGUGGCCGAAUUUGCCCGACUGAUUGCUGAGGUUCAUCGGUUGGAUAGAAUUUUUGAAACCCAUAGAGAAAAUUACAUCGGCCUCAUUAAUGAUUUUCGUGAUACCGAUGGGCCCCGCGACGAGAGAAGCAUCCAGGCGAGAAUGCGCUACUCCGAGCAGAUCAAUGGAGUAUUUCACAAUUUGGCGCACGCGUUUCAUUUGCUAAGUGAUAUUGCAAUGCUGGAAUCACCUCAUGGCACUCAACUGGCUUCUGAAGCGUUUUUACGUCAGGGUCAGACGGCCACCGUCGAAACGCAUUCAGGACGCACUGGGAAUAUCGACGGCAAUAUGACCGAGCCGUUUAAUGUGGAAAUUGAUCCCAUUAUGAUCCAGUUACAAAUAGAGACCAGUGACCCAACGAUGGCCCAAAGAAAUGCGGCAAAUCCACCGCCCGACGUAGAUAUGGACGAUUUAAACCCCGAUGACCUGAUGCCUCAGGACGCCACCUAUGCCACUUCCCAAGAAUACCUCAGGAGUCUCGAACAGAGGAUGUUAAAUAUUGAACAGCACGUUGAACAAGCGGCUAGGGAGUUCGAAAAUCUUUAUAAUGUUGGCGAAGCCAUUCCAUGUUUACCCUUACCAUAUAUGAAUCCUAGUAUUCAAGUUCAACGAGAUUUACAGUACCCGAAUUACCCCGAGGUUCACCAUUCUGGUGCCAUGCAACCAGGUUUGCGGAACACUGCUGCUGCGCUUGACUUCGGAAUGGAGGUGGAUGAUUCGCCAUUAGGCAAUGGUAAUUUGCAGGACUUUCUUGGUAACCCACCAAAUUUGGCAGGAAUAGUUCAAAACGCGCAAUCGCCUAUGAUUGGUAGUGUGCCAUCGGAUUUAAUCCAGCAGAUCCUGUCUUCUGUUAUAAGAAACGAAGUAACAGGUGCUAACUGGCCUAACGCCGAUCAGAAUGCGACUGAGCCUGGUGCAAGACCAGAAAAUGUUCAACCGCCUAGACGGCCACCUGCAGAUUCACCUGGAAGCGAACCAAGGCGUAUUUCGAUUUCAAACAUCGUGUAUGAUCAGGCGACGCCAUGUGAAAGCCGCCACACCCGCCGUGCCCUGCAUUUGAGAAGUGGGAUCAAUCCAGCCGAAUUCCCUAUGCAGCAUAAUGAUGCGGCGUCUACCCGGUCCUUUUUCACGGUCCAAUCCCUGUAUGACAGGUUCGACAGGAACCCAAGAUCGCCGGAUAAUUUGGUGACAGCAUACUUCUUGCUCCUGAGAGAAGCCGUGGUACCGAGCUCUUUCCGCUACCUCAGCACCCACGAGGUGCUUCAAGUCGGUGAUGUAGUGGUCACCUACUUCAGGGGCCUGUUGCAAAGUGUACCCUACGAGGAAUCCGUUGAUAGAGUGACGGACAUCAUCAUGUCCAAGCAUACCCAAUUUUUGAGACGCGUUCCUCUCAUGGUCUUUGUGUCUUCGAGCAUCAAUAUGACCGCGUCCAUACGUGCGGUAUUGUGCCAUCACAUGCCUGCGAUUUUCAAUUUGAUCUCCAUAAGGGACCCGAACGAGUUCUGCAGAAGCAUGAGGGCCUUGGUGCCACAGUUUUAUCAGGAUAUGUGUAUUGUGCUCUUCUAUUGCGUUGGGGAAUGCAGUGUGGCUUUAGAGACGGUGUUCCGUGCUUAUUUGAUUGAUUCCAUUCGCAAUAUGGAUGAGACCAACAGAGACUUGCUGCUGAAUAUUGCAUUUUAUUGUAUGUCUGCGGGAGUGUACCGUGCGAGUAUAUCUCCAGACGAGCCUCCGCAUUUUAUCGUUCCCCGUGAACCGCGAGAGCGUGACGCUCGUUGGAACGCGUCUCCACAACCGUCUACAUCGCGGGCGACCGAAAGCAACGUGAACCUGACCCGUGACAUGUAUUCUGGAAAUUUGCCAAGAGCCCGCCCAAUGUGGACUUCCAGGGUACAAACUAUGAGAAUGAGGUCAGCUACUCCGCUGGAUCCAAAUAGGCCAACCCGGAAUUCCGGGUCUGAGAUCCCCCAAUCCGGAACGGAUUCCGCUAAGCCUCCAGAUACCGAUGCACCAGUUUCUACGACGACGUCAGCGUCUCUAACUUUGGAGCCAGUUUCCACAUCUGCACCAGCUUCAGAUUCUUCCGGGCCAGUUUCCACGUCUGCACCAGCUGCAGCUUCCUCAGCAUCAGUUUCUACGUAUGCACCAGCUUCCACGUCAGCACAAGCUACAGCUCCUUCAGGACCUGAUUCCACGUCGGCACCAGCUGCAGCUCCUUCUGGACCAGAUUCCACGUCUGCACCAGAUUCAGCUCCACAAGCUUCUACAUCAGCAUCAACUUCAGCAUCAACUUCAGCCUCAACGUCAGCCUCAACGUCAGCCUCAACGUCAGCCUCAACGUCAGCCUCAACGUCAGCCUCGACGUCAGCCACUGCACCUGCUACAGCUCCUGCAGGACCAGACUCCACGUCAGUGCCAGCUACAGCUCCCUCAGCAUCAACUUCGACGUAUGCACCAGAUUCAGCUUCAGGAGCAUGUUCCACGUCAGCGUCAGUAGCCAGGUCUGCAUCAGCUUCAGCUUCUUCAGCAUCCAUUUCCAGGUCUACAUUAGCUUCAGCACCAGUUUCUAGCUCCGCAUCAACUUCAGCUCCCCGAGGGAGUGCUUCGACGCUACCUAUGUCGUUAGUGCAAUUUGUAUUUCGCAACGUGCCUGACGAUGCGGCAUCCUAUUCUUUACUGAACGAAUCCAACGUUGACUGGUGGAGUUUAGAUGAAGAUCGGCUGAUAGCUAUGGAUGCAGCGCGUGACUCCGGCCGUAAUUCGCCCUUUAGUGAUGCCUAUCAUGUCGGAAAUUCUCAGCGUACCCAAGAAUCAAGUCUACCUACAGACAUCAACUCGUUUGCAGAGUAUGUUAUAAACGAUCUCGGCGAGAAUCUAGAUGUCGAUGACCGUAUGCGCAGUAUGUUCCUGGCGUUUAUCUCCAACAGCAUCGAGGAACGCGCUCAGCAGUCACCAGACUAUGAUAGGAUUCGAUUCCUCGCUUCGCGGCUCCUCACUGAUCACACUAUUUCGCCACAGGACAGAAAACGGUAUCAAGAUGAAUUGCGCAUUCGCUGCCACUUAGUGCGGUCGCUGGAUGGGCAAGAAUGGAGAUAGAUCCGAUACCGUCCUAGUUAUAAUCCAAUUGUACGAGACUUAAUUCUUCUUUAGAGGCUUUUACAUCUAUAAAACAAUUUCCGUAUAUAGUGAAUGUUAUAGUUAAUUGCCUCUAUCACAGCUUUUUAAGUACAGCCGCUGUGCAGGUUUCACACUGAAAAGUGCUGUCAACUUAGUUUAAGGAUAGUUCAGUGUUUGAGGCCAAUUUAGGAUAGUAUUUAUGUAAAAAAUUGUACCUAAAGAUGUCUGUGAACAUAAAUAAACGGCAUUCUUAUUUGUGUCUAAACGCGCCAAAUUGGGAAAGGCGCUCGUUAGCAUUUAAUAAAGAUAGAUUGGGAGCUUUCCCUGUUCACCUCUUAGAGAUGAAAUGCUAACAUUUCCAAUUGUAUUUCUUUAAUAAAACGAGCUGUUUUAUUAUGUGAUUAAGGUUUGUAAUGUUAUUCUAAAAAAAAUCUAUUGAUUUUUUAUGAGUUUCAAUACACAGAAAGCCUACAGAAGACGUUCUGUAAAUUCACGGGUAUUAUAGUGUUUCCAAAUAUCUGUUUAUUACGUUAUCUAGUCUGUGAGUCUUCAGCAGUGUAAAAGUUAUCGCUUUAAACGUGACACAAUUCAAUAAACGGCAUUACGUUAUCACAUUUCAGCAAAGAGCUUAGAGCUUUUUGUCAAUCUAAUUGUCUGGUUGAAAAAACUUACGGAGACACACUCCUUUUGAUGUGAACCAUCUACAAAUAUGUUUAUGUAUUAUAUGGAUCUAUGUCGCGCGUGUUUUUUUUUUUAAUUGCUUUCAAUAUAGCUUAAUUAUAUUUAUUGAAACUACAUAUUUUUUUAUUGAUAAUUUCAUUUACUUGAAAUAAAAUAUGUAUGUUUUGUAUAAAUAUGAUUUCUACGGAAAUAAUUAUUUUCGUUUCAAUAUAUUGAAAAAAGGAAGAGCAUUUAUUUAUUCAUUUUGGUAAUGUUGCAAAUUGUAAUUACACAUUAAAUCAAAGUUUGUUUCUGCGACAUAGAGCCAUACUGAAUUAGAACUAGCUUUUAUGCCACGCCCAUUUGUGGCACCUUUAAUUUGAUAGUUUUUCAGUUCAAUUUGUUUAUCAUGCGUUACAUGUUGUUUUAGGUUUAAGUUAGUAUAAUUUUCACACGCAUCUUUAGUAUUUAUGAUGGUUUUGUUAAUCGGUCCUGUAAACACUGAAAAUUAAAUAAAUGUUUGAUUGAUAUCAUAAUU